UUUAACAUCGAUGCUUAGAUUUAUAGCAACUCCAUAUUCAUCCCUGUCCAUUUUCAAUUCAGGUGCUGGGAUUCUUAGAUGAUGCACCAGAUAUUGACGCGGAUCGAUUCUGUUUCUACUAUAAACAGCGCCUCAUCUUGCCCUUCGUGCCCGCCUAUGGAUUCUCGGACAGAAACCGGAGCAUCGUGGGAGUUCUGCAGCCCAAUCACCUGAAGCCAGCGAGGAACAAGCAGGAUUUUCAGUGGUCGUCAGAGCUUGAAGCACUGCAAAAGAUCUUGAAGGAAAUGGGAACGGAAUUCUGGAAACACCUGAGAGGAAAGGAGCUUAAAGGUGCGGCAUCCCAGCUAAGUUUGGCGCCUCCUGGUUCUCACAAUGAAGAAAAUUUGACAGCGAGCAACACCACCGGGAUGCUCUCUCAAUCUCAGAUGACUCCAUCUGCACCAGCUCAUCUUGCAGUGCCAAUUCUUGAGUCAAGCUAUGGCAGCAUGCCCUCUCCAAGAGCUCCUGACCCAUGUCUUCCGUUAUUCCCCAUCACACCAACCGGAGAUGGACAGAAGAGAGUGAUGGACAUGACAGAUGCUCGGGACCAAGGCAAUAACUCCAAUGGCAUUCCUGCUUGUCAUCCUACAAUGCUGUCAUUAGGGUGGAACAACGGUGGUACGUCCUCACAUGGCAUCCAGAGAGUUAUUGCGCCUCAUCUUCCAACAUCUGCCAUGUCAUCGAUGGCUGGGGACGGACGCCACCCAACAAUGGCAGCCGUGGCGAGCACCAACAACUAUGGCAUGAACAUCAACGGAAUGUCAGCGUCCACUGCCUCUUGGCUAGCUUACCUUGCGUGGCGCUUUACCCAGCCGAACAACAGUGGUAUGGGGCCGAACGGCUUCAUGAGAGCUCAAGCUCCUCACCUAGCUGCAUUUUAUAUGCCAGCAACUCCUGGAGUCAGACGCCAGUCAGCACCGGCAAGCUCAGUGACAGGUACUGCGGCUCCGCGUCUCCCUGUGAUGCAGUCCGCCACGGUGAACACCAUACUCAGCCUGGCGCCCCCACAUUCAGUCCCAGCUGGUGCUAUAGUUGCUCUAGAUGAUCUCCAAAUCAAGAUGGAGCACGAUGGGACUUAUGAUGAUACUGCUAUUCCUCUAGCUGUUGGCAUGCCGGCUGCCGCAGCAGGAGCCGCAGCUACUUAUGCAACUUCCAUUCCUGCGCCAGCCAUGAUGGACACUAGAGACGGCAGAGCAUCUGCAUUCAACCCGUGGCGUCCUCAUGGUUUCAACCCAGUCGACGGCCCGUCAAGCUCUUCAAGACAGGCACAGGAGUUGCAGGGUGGCAGCAAUCAAUAUAGAGCAUCUGCAUUCUACCCAUGGUGUCCUGGUUUCAAGCCGGUCGACGGCUCGUCAAGCUCAAGACAGGCACAGGAGUUGCAGGGUGGCAGCAAUCAAGGGGAGCAAGGUGCCAAGCCACUGCUGGAUCUGUUCAAGCCUUAGGUUUCAGUCAAUAUAGACAGGGAAUAGGGUCCAUUUGUUGGUGCCAGCUUUCUUGUCAGCUGCUGCAACUUCAUGAUGCUAGUUUCAGAUAGGAUCACUAGCAAUUGCUAGGAAUCGGACGGAUACCAUUUUUAGCGUGAUACCAUUCUGUUACUUCUAUGUACUGGUACUGCUUUGCUACAGACAAUAUGUUUCUGCAUCAGUGAGAAGUAACAUCCAUUUGGUUUUA